AUUUAAACAGUUUAGUUUCACAGCUGCUCUUUACUCCGGACGGAUUCAAGCAAGUGAACCAAGAAGAGAAGCAGGGGAUUUUUCCCAUGAUGGCAAUAAAAGAUAAAAUGUUUUCCUCCUUUGCACAGAUUAUCAUCCUGGCAGUUCUAGCAAGCUGGUGUUCAGCAGUUGUUCCUGGUCCUCUGUUUUGUGCAGAUUCACCCGCCUCACCCAGCACUCCAGUUUCUGUCCAUUCUCUGAGGCCAGCUGAUGUAUCUGUGGUAUCAGCAAUAGUUCUGUCUGAAGUGGAGAGAUCUGAUGAAAUUAGAGCCCUGAGCAUGCUGUCUGAAAUAUUGUCCACCUUUAACCCUCAUAUAUCAGCUGUUCUACCUGACCAAAGGAGUUUAAUGGAAAAAGCAGAAGACAUGCAGUUCCUGGACCCCACUCAGUGGAAGUUGCUCCUUCUAUUCAUACCAGUUGAUGAGAUCUCUGUGUGCCCAGACCAGGAUCUCACUGCAGUCAUUGAUGAAACAGUUAACAGAGUUGAGCAAACACUGGACUCUCUUAAUGAGAAGUUGAAACACACAUUGGUUCAUGUUGUGGUUUGGCGUGGACUGUCAAGUGACCGAGUCUGUCAGUUCAAAUGUGAGCAAGGAUAUGAUGAAAACAAAUGUAGACUGGAUAUGUUAGUGCUUAUGGCUUCAUUGCAGGAAUCUCUCAGUGCUCUCUUAGAAAGGAGAGGCUGGUUCAACGAUCAAGAGGACUUCAGUGUAAUGCUUCAGUCCAGUCCAGUGCUGACAGAUCCAAUGACAUUACCCUCGCCUGACUCCUCAAAUGACAUAAGCUUGGUUGUUUUACAACUCUGGGCUAAUUUGCUCCAGCCAAUCACAGACAACACUGAGAUGGAUGGGUGGGGCGGAGUCACCGUUCCAUGUCCUACUGAGGAAAAGCCAUUUUUGCGAACACAUCAAAAUUCAGAGUCCAGAUCAUCACAAACAGCAGAUUCACCUCUACUUGUCGACCCAGUGAUGGGGAGUGAACUCAACUGUGAGGACAUGGCUCCAUCUCCCAGCAUCCCUACCUCAGUUCAUGCUUUACGGCCAGCAGACAUCAAAGUUGUGGCAGCGAUAGGUGACUCUUUAACGGCAGCCAAUGGGGUAGGUGCUGCUCAAAAUAACCUGCUGGGUGUGAUCACAGAGUACCGAGGCCUGUCAUGGUGCAUUGGUGGAGAUAAGAACCUGUCAUCUAUAACCACUUUACCAAACAUACUGAAAGAGUUUAACCCUUCAAUCAAUGGCUAUUCUGUGGGAAAAGGAGAUGAGGAUUCAGCACAAAGCUUUCUGAACCAAGCAGUACCAGGAGCCAAAGCUGAUGAUAUGGUGAAGCAGGCUCAUGCUGUUAUUAAAAGAAUGAAGGAAGACUCAAGAAUUGAUUUCGAGAACGACUGGAAGAUUAUCACACUCUUCAUUGGAGGAAAUGACUUAUGUGCCCACUGCUCUGAUACUCGGUACUAUUCUUCUGAUAACAUUGUGAAGUAUAUCCGCGAGGCUCUGGACAUUUUGCACAAUGAGGUUCCUCGAGCUCUGGUAAACCUCGUGGAGCUGCUGGAUAUAGUUCCCCUUCGUGCACUUCAUAAGGACAAAAGCAAUGGUUGCCCUACCUGGCUGGUCAAUAUUAUGUGCCGUUGUGUUCUGCAACCUAAAGAUGAAUCUCAUGAAUUCCAGACAUUGCAGGAGUUUAACAAAGCCUAUCAGCGUGGGAUGUGGGAGCUGGUGGAUUCUGGCCGAUAUGACACUCAUGAUAAUUUCACUGUGGUCCUGCAGCCAUUCUUGAGAAAUGUUUUUCUUCCCUUGAUGGAGGACGGGAGACCUGACCGAUCUUAUUUCUCUCCGGACUGUUUUCAUCUCAGUCAGAAAGCUCACACGCUCAUGGCUCGGGCUCUCUGGAACAACCUGAUGGAACCUUUAGGUAACAAGACUGAUAAAGAGGAUUUCACUGCAGGAAUCUCUCUUAAAUGCCCAGAAAGAUCAUCCCCCUAUUUGAGGACAUUUCAUAACAGCAAUUACACAUACAACAUUCCUGAACCUUCUCCUCCACCCCCAACAAACUGGGGAAGUGAUUUCUCAUGUGUGGACACAGCGCCCUCUAACACUUUACCAACAUCUGUUCACAGUCUGCGUCCAGGUGACAUCAAAGUAGUGGCGGCUCUUGGAGACUCACUCACUGCCGGAUUUGGUGCAAAAGCUAAAAACAUUCUCCAGCUGCCGGAUGAGGAACGCGGGGUUUCCUGGAGCAUUGGUGGAGAUGAUACAUUGGAGACUGUCACCACAUUACCGAACAUCUUCAAGAAGUUCAACCCAAGUGUUUUCGGCUUCUCCAAGGGGAAAAGUAAACGACCAAAUGGCUUUAAUAUGGCAGUGGGCGGUGCCAAAGCACAGAAUAUACCAGCACAAGCAAGGGAUCUCAUCACAGCUUUGAAGGAAAGCAAGGACGUGGACUUUGAGAAGGAUUGGAAACUGGUGACAUUGUUUAUUGGAGGAAAUGACCUUUGCCAGUACUGUCAUGACCGGGCUGCUCUGUCUUCUUCAAAGUAUAUCGGUCACAUCAGAGACAGUCUGGACAUGCUCUACAAUGAGGUUCCCAGAGUGCUGGUGAAUUUAGUGGAAAUCUUACAGAUUGAGGAUCUGCGAAUGAUAAAGAGGGACACACUGGGCUGCAGCCUCCUCCAAAAAAACAUGUGUCCGUGUUUUCUGAGUCCACGUGAAAACUCUCCACAAAUGAAUGAAAUGAAGAAGGUCAACAGAGAUCUGCAGGCGGAGGCUGAAAGGCUGGUGUAUGGGGGACGGUAUGAUGGAAGACAUGACUUUGCGGUGGUGCUACAGCCCUUUUUUGAGAACACUGUUGUUCCAAUGGACAAGGAUGGCAAACCAGACGUGUCUUUCUUUUCUGUGGAUUGUUUUCAUUUUUCUGAGCGUGGCCAUGCAGAGAUGGCUAUUGCAAUUUGGAACAAUAUGCUGGAGCCUGUAGGGAGUAAACAGAACUACAAUAAUUUCACAUAUGACCGCAGUAAGAUCCGCUGUCCCACAGAGGAGCAUCCCUUCAUCUUCACACGAAUAAACAGUGGCCCCGAGGUUCCUAUGACAACAGUACCCACCACAGUCCUACCGGGCACCCCUUUGCCUGCUGAUUGUGCCAAUGAUGUUGUGCCAGCCUGGGCAGCUGCAGUUCUGGCUGUAGGAGGAUUGAUGAUUGGCUGGAUCGUAACCUGGAUGAUCUUCUACUAUAGAGAACGACGAAACAGAAAAAGAAACCAGAUCAAUGAAAUGAGUGGAACAAAGUUCUAAUAAGAUUUUAAAAACAAAAGUCAAGUUAAUUAUGUUAAGGUGUCUUUACACAGCUGAGUUAAAGCUGCUUUUUUGCCUGAUUAAAGUUCAGUGUAAAGUAGCUGUAUUGCAAAUGCAUUUAUGCCACCUCUAAGCGUUUGUGUAAAAAUACUAUAAAUGCCAAUUCAGAAGUAUCUCUGUGCUACUUUUGCAGUUUACGUUUGGCCGUACAGCCUAAACCCUAAUCAUCUCUCCCCUAAAAGAAACGUUUUUUGUAUUUUUUUAAGUAUGUAUAUUUAAUAAAGGUAUUUUAUAAACAAUUUUAACUCUUGAGCAUAAGCAGUAGAUGAAGUGUUCAGAUGUCUAUAAAUUAAUUUAUUGCUGUAAAUUAUUUGUGUAGUAUUUUUAGUAAUAUGAUUGUUUUAUAAUAAACAGAACAAUGUUGAAAAUA